AUGUCCGGAAAGCCAUCUUCAGUCCCAGACACUAAAAAGGUGCGACUGGGGAAAUUCUACCUAUACCUUGCCUUUCGUCAUGUCUUGAAACUUCGCACAGCCUAUAAAGAAGAGCUCUGUCAGAGCUCGGGUAUAGAUACCUGUUCAACAGGGCAUCUCGGGAACGGUAGAAUGUGUGAAACAGCCAAAUUAACUGUUAUGGUCGAAUCACCGCCACUCAUAUUUCACGGGGAGCCGACAAACUCAAUGGGUGCUCUUUUCUCGGGCAUCUUACGGUUUACUGUUGGGGAAUGCACAAGUUCAAUUGAGAUCGUCAAACUCAAGCUGACCUUGGGAAUUAAUGUGACAACUACGAAACCAGUUGUUAAGGCAUGCCCCAGCUGUGUCUCCCAAAUUGAAGAGCUUCAAAAUUGGAAUUUCAUAACAAGGCCGAUGUACCUCACGUCAGGCCAUCACGAAUUUCCCUUCAGCUAUCUGUUUCCCGGUCAGCUGCCUGCUUCCUGCAACAGCCCCUUGGGCGACAUUAGGUACAUACUUUUCGCUCAGGCGGAAGACAUCGUUGGUAGAAGCUACUCAAGCACGCUGCCUCUGCACAUUAAACGCGCCCUUCCUCCGGGAAAUGAGAUAUCUUUAUUCUACACAUUCCCCCCCACGAACCUAACCAGUCAUAUUGUUGUUCCAUCAGUGGUGCAUCCUAUGGGUAGCUUUCCUGUUCGAGUAACACUGAGAGGAGUCUUGGAUAAAGAGAACCCUAACCAAAACCGCUUAUAUAUACAAAGCAUCAAAUGGCAGAUCAAAGAGCAUGUGAAAAUAGUAUCGCAUCCCUGCUCUAAGCAUGCAUCCAAGGCUCGUGGAAAGAGUGUUAUUCAUCAAGACACCCGAACUAUUGCAAGUAGCAAGGAGAAAAGCGGUUCAAGGUACAAGUUUGAUUUAAUAAAUAAUGAGACCAGGUUGCAGUUUGAAGCGGGUAUCGACUACAAUAAUGGAUCGGUAUGUGAUAUUUUGAAUACUAAAGGAGUAGAGGUCAAGCACAGUCUUAUUAUUGAGCUGAUCGCAGAGGACCGCAACACCUGGAUAGCCGCAAGAUCGGGCGCUUCUGUUGUGCUUCGUAUGUGUUCAGGUUUGAGGAUCUUCGAACGCAGCGGACUUGGCAUCAGUUGGGAUAAAGAGGUGCCCCCAAUAUACACGGAUGUGCCGCCCGGCCCCCCUGGUUACAUUGCGAUGGAAAUACCAGUGAGGCGCCAGGAUACUCCAAGUCGGCUGACAUCAUCGGAGUAUGCUUAG